CGGUAUAACUGUAUUCAUCGUAUAAAUAUAUAAAUAUAUAUAGCGAAUUAUGAAUUGAUCCUUAGUGAUAAUAUUAACAUUAUUAUUAUAUAAUUAAUUAAUACAUUUUUAUUCGACUUAAAUAAAAAAUCAAUUUAAUACCAAAUAAUAUAUUUUUUUUUAUAAAAAAGGCCUAUAGAAGUAAUUCUAAAAUCAAUAGAAUAAACAAUAAUUAUGUCUUCUAAACAUUUAAUAAAUACUGGCAAUACUAUAUUGGAUAAAAAGAUCAAUGAAUGGUUACAAUGGAAUCAGGAUUCAAUAGCUGAAAAAGAAGUUUGGAAUAUUAUUAAUAAUGGUGAUACCAAACUAUUGUCUAAUCUUUUUCUUAAAAGAUUAGAAUUUGGUACUGCUGGGCUUCGAGGUCGAAUGGGUCCAGGAUAUAGUCAAAUGAAUGAUUUAGUAAUUAUACAAACAGGUCAAGGCCUGACAAAAUAUUUACUUAAUAUUAUGCCUAAUUUAUUACAACAAGGUGUUAUAAUAGGAUAUGAUGGUCGUCAUAACAGUAAAAGAUUUGCAGAAUUGACAGCAGCAAUUUUUAUAGCAAAUAAUAUUAGGGUUUACUUAUUUUCUAAAGUUUGUCCAACACCAUUUAUACCUUAUGGAGUAUUACAAUAUAAAUGUGCGGCUGGAAUUAUGAUCACUGCAUCUCAUAAUCCAAAAGAUGAUAAUGGUUAUAAAGUAUAUUGGGAAAAUGGUGCGCAAAUUAUAUCGCCUCAUGAUAAAGAGAUACAAAAAAAUAUUUUGGAAAAUUUGAAACCAUCUGAAUCAUCAUGGCAUAUAUCUAAAGUAUAUGAGUCUCCUUUAUAUAAAGAUCCUCUAAAUGAUAUCAUGUUAUCUUAUUUUGAUAAUAUUAAAGAUAAUGUUCUAUAUCCUGAAGUAAAUAAAAAUACUAUUCUGAAAUUUACUUAUACUGCUAUGCAUGGUGUUGGAAAUGAUUAUAUGGUUGCAGCAUUUAAUGCUGUAAAUCUUAAGCCAUUUAUAGCCGUUGAAGAACAAAAAUUACCAGAUCCAGAAUUUCCAACAGUUAAAUUUCCAAAUCCGGAAGAAGGAAAGAGUGCCCUUGAUUUAAGCAUCAAAACCGCGAAUCAACAUUCAUCAUCGAUUAUUCUUGCUAAUGAUCCAGAUGCUGAUCGUCUUGCUUGUGCAACAAAAACUAAAACCGGAGAAUGGUAUAUAUUUACUGGCAAUGAAUUGGGUGCAUUAUUGGCUUGGUGGAUGCUACAUAUACACAAAGUACAAUAUCCAGAUGCUAAUAUUGAUAACGUUUAUAUGCUUUCAUCAACAGUUUCUAGUAAAAUCUUAGCUUCAAUGUCUAAAAAAGAAGGUUUCAAUUUUGAGGAAACUUUAACAGGAUUUAAAUGGAUGGGAAAUAGAACUGUAGAAUUGAUAAAAAAUGGUAAAGAUGUUUUAUUUGCAUUUGAAGAAGCUAUUGGUUUUAUGUGUGGUUCUUUUGUACUGGAUAAAGAUGGUAUUAAUGCUGGUAUAUGUGUGGCUCAAAUGGCAAGUUAUUUAGAAACUGUUGGGCUUUCUCUUUAUGAUAAGUUGGAAGAAAUAUAUAACACGUAUGGAUGGCAUAUCUCACUAAAUUCUUAUUGGAUUUGUCACAAAUCAGAGACAAUUAAAGCAAUAUUUGAACGUUUGAGAAACUUCAAUGGAAAUGAAAAUACGUAUCCAGCAAGUAUUCUCGAUGAAAAAUAUUCUAUAAUUAGUAUUCGUGAUUUAACAACAGGUUACGAUAAUACUAAACCAGAGAAUAAAGCUAUUUUACCUACCUCCAAAUCCAGUCAGAUGAUUACGUUUACAUUUGAUAAUGGUUUAGUUGCUACUUUAAGAACUAGUGGUACAGAACCUAAAAUCAAAUAUUACUGCGAGUUAUGUGCAUCUCCUAAAGAGCAAGAUGUAAACAAAUUAAAAUCCAUACUCAAUGAAAUGGUCUCUGCUAUUGUAGCAGAGUUUCUUCAACCUGAUUUUAAUAAACUUAUACCACGUGAUACAUAGAUCAAAGUAAAAUUAUUGAGACGAACUAUGACAAAUAAAAAAACUACGGGCAAAAUAUUGGAUUUCCAAGGAAAAAACGAUCUACAGUUUAUAGUUAUUAUCUUAUAAACAUGAAGUUUUUAUAAAGGUAAAAAUGUUGUUCUUGAUAUUUUUGUUUUGUAGUUUAAAGUACAAGAUAUAUUGUAAUUCAUUAUUUAUCAUUAUUAAAUAAGUAGGAUUUUAUAAACAGUUUUUUGAAAGAAAUACUGAUCUAUAAAUUUUUACAAGUUUGAUAGAUUUUUUAUGAAAUAUGAUAAUCGUAUAACAUUUUAACGGCUUGAUUAUACAAAGAAGCUGUACCUAAAUCUGACCAAAGUUCAGUAAUAAAUGUGAUUAAUUAGAUUAA